AUGGCUGCAACAUUGGAUCAAUUCGUUUCUCGAGUCCGCAGUUUGUCUGAGUCAGAGAAGUAUGCCGAGCUAGUAGAAACUAUAGAAAAGUCUACAGAAAUGCUAGCGAGAAAUAUAAGUCACGCCACUAAUGUGUUGGAGUCCCUAGAUCCGGAACGACACUCGUUGGGACACUUGGCUGUACUAUCUGUAAAGACAAGUAUGCCUUCAGUACCAGACAUCGAAAGUUGCAUUCAUCAAAUUGCUGCGUUCAUCAAAUCGUGUGCUCCAGAGCAGAUCAGAUAUGCAGCAGAGUCAUAUUGCUUGCUUUGUCAUUUUUAUGCAAAGUCACUUGUUGAUUUAAAGAAGCCACUAAGAGGCAUAGAUACUAUCAGGCUAGCAACUGAGAAGCUGCAACCAUCGAUGUCUUGCCUAACAUCUAUACAUGCAGAUUUGGCUCAACUCUGUUUGCUCUCUAAAUGUCUCAAACCAGCCAUCCCAUUUUUGGACAGUGAUGUAUCAGAUUUUGUACAAGAGGGUGGACGGUUUGAUGUGAAACCAUUUCUUUUGUAUUACUAUUACGGGGGAAUGAUAUAUACAGGCUUGAAGCAAUUUGAGAGAGCACUUCAUUUCUUUGAAGUGGCGGUAACAACUCCUGCUCAAGCUCUUAGUGCAAUAAUGUUAGAGGCAUACAAGAAAUACAUUGUUGUAUCUCUUUUACUUCAUGGAAAGGUCGGUCUACUACCAAAGUACACUUCUGGUGUUGUAGCACGAUAUCUGAAACCAAUGUGUGGUGCUUACAAUGAUUUGUCAGCUGCUUAUUCAUCUAAUAGCAGUGCUGAAUUACAAAGGGUUGUUGCAAAGCACACUGAUAUAUUUACUAGAGACACUAACAUGGGGCUGGUCAAGCAGGUGGUGGCUUCUAUGAAUAGGAAAAAUAUUCUGAGGUUGACAAAGACAUUCCUAACUCUGUCUUUAACUGAUGUGGCUAACAGAGUGCAUCUAUCAGGAAGCAAAGAAGCAGAGGAGUAUGUUCUUAGGAUGAUUGAAGAUGGGGAAAUAUUUGCAACAAUAGAUCAGGCAGCAGGGAUGGUUUCAUUUCAUGACAGUCCGGAAAGUUAUUCAGAUGAUCGAAUGCGAGUGCACAUUGACAGUGAGAUUCAGAAAUCCAUGAAGCUGACCAGACAAAUACAACAAAUGGACCAAGAUAUAGCUGUUAAUCCACAGUUUGUAAGAAAGACACUUGGACUGCAAGCUGAUGAGGAUGUCUCAUUGAGUUUCGUAGUAAGUCGAUCGCUACGAACAGGGGAACCUUAUGUCAUGUGAACAACACAACUGCAGUUAACAUUUCAGACACAAGGUUGCUUAUAAUUGAUAUUAAUUAUACCAUUGAAUGCCA